AUGGACGGGGAAGAGUGCGGGACAUGUGGCUCAACGGAGUUUUACGAUGAGGACGGCAGGAUCUUCUGUGCGAAUGGGCACGAUCAAGGUCUGGGCCUCGCGACCGCCGAGGACGACGCCGACUUCGGGCGGCAGGGCACCAUCGUCAGGAAGAAGGAAGACAAAAAGAAGCAAAAGAUAUCCAGAGUGCUUCGAGGGCCCCGGGCUUAUCAACUCUUCCUCCAAGCAUGGCAGUUCAUCCUGUGGAAGCAAUGCUAUGCGCUGGUCCAUCAGAAAGGAUUGCCGGCGGAGUUAUGGGCAAUCGUCCGAGACUUGUGGACGUUGUGGCUUUCGAAGCUGGAACAUCGGCUCAGCGACAGCCUCGCAGAUGCCGGUGACAAGGCAACGGCGACAGCAAGCUCUGGCGACGAAACGGACCCCAAUCUCGAUGCUGGUGAGGAGCGUGAUCGCGAAGGGGACAAAUCGGCACACAGCUAUCCUACGCUUGUGGACACGAUAGCCCUGAACUACUUGGGCAUUGUCAUGCUAAGGAGGCCGAUCAGACUGGCCAAAGUCUUGAAAUGGAUACUUCAAGAAGAGGUCCCGUUCAUCCGGGCUAUCAGAUAUGUCCCUCAGGAUAUGAAGGACAGACUGCCCGGAGAGUACCACCAAGCCUUGGAUACAUUACGGCUCUUGGAGCCCGAUGACCUUCAAAAAGCUGUCUAUCAUCGUGCACGAUGGUACGACGCCUCGUUCGGGAUGGUGAUGCCACCGAUCAACCAAAAUCUGUUUCUACUUGGCUAUGUCCGCCAACUCGCUCUGCCGCUCGAGAUCUACAGCGCCGCCCGUCGGCUCAACACCAUCACCAAGUACGACUUCUGCUACACUGGUGCUACAAACUCGUCGCGUCCAAUAAGGCGUCAGCCAACAGCGUACCCAGAGAGCCAGCUCAUCUCUCUCGUCGUCAUUGCCACCAAGCUUCUCUUCCCCUUCGACUCCGCGGAUGUGAAGCGCUAUCCACAAGACCCCAAUGAUCCAGCAACAUUGCAAAUGAAUUGGCCGUCCUGGCUGGAAGCGAAGACCGAGUUCGACCAGCAGGGUGAAGCUGGAGAAGACGCCGACCUCCUGAAACCAGGAUCAGAGGUCCAUGUGACAGACAACGACAUCCUCGACAUGACCGACCGACAACUGGACCAGUACAUGGAUUGGUACCAGAAAAUGUGGAUCGCCGGCAAACAUACCUCGCCCGCCGAUCAAGCGCCAGAACAAACCAUUGAGAAAGAUAUUCUCGACAUGUUCCCACUCCACGAGGUCCCCGAGCACCCGAGAACACUGGUCUCGAAUGCGAACGCCGAGCAAGAAGAACAGUCACGACUGAGCGGGCGAAUCAUGCAGGUCCAAUCCUCCCUGACGACGCGCCGGGCCAUUACGGUGGACGAAGAACGCGAGCGCGGUCUGGACGUGCUGCGCCCGGGGUCUCGAUACCCGCGAUUCCCCAAAGUCGACGACCUCGACCGGGCGGCGGCGGGCGACGGUGCCGUCGUGAAGACGUUCCACGAAGAAGCGGCCGCGGCCGCCUGUCUGAGCGUCAAGGCCCUGUUGCUGGCGGUGAAUCGGACCGAGGAGAAAAUCGAACGGUGGCUCGUGGAUCGGAGGAGGGCCGAGGUGUUUGGCGAGGAAUUGGAGCAGGGUCAGGGCGAAGACGAAGACAGCGCGGACGACCACGACGACCACGACCGGGAUGCUGCUGGUGAAGACAUGGAUUUCAUCCCCGAGACGAGCCCGCCCGGGAAACUGGCGAGAGAGAUGGAGGGCUUGGGAAUUGGGCAGUCACCCGACGUGGAGGAGGACCACGACGAUGGUAAUGAUGAUGAUGAUGUCGAAGGGGUUGUCGACAUGGAGAUGAUGCUUCACUCGUCAUCACUCGGAGCCUGA